ACAAAACGUGACGAGGCACCCGAAGCGCCCUGUUAUGCAACCGCUGACCUACUAACAUACAUUUCUAAACAGAAGCAGCUAGCGGCAGGAUACUGGAGCGCCUCGCCAACACAACACAAGGAACCAGGGCAAAAACACACGGGCUGCGGAAUCCAUGCGUACUGGACACGGCGUGUAGUGUGUGUGCAUCACUUCGCCUUUCAUUCAAGUCACCGAGGCUGAUACAAAGAGACUAAUAAUAGUCAACGGACGACAAAGAUAUUUUGGAUACAAGCACAAAAGCCACAAACGCCUUUCAUCGAACAGCCAGCUGGAGGCUUUGGGAGUAGCAGCACCCCUCCCCAAGAGGCUGACAAGCUGGGGCAGACCGAGUGACCUAUAUCCUCCAACACGCCCAAGGCACUGGGACACAUCUCUGUCGGCUUGAUAGAGCCGUUACAUAAAGGAAUAAAAGUGAAAACAAAGAAAAGGGGGUCAAAAUCCUUUAAGCAAAUUUGGUCACAUUUCCUGUACUUCAGGACUUUAUUGACUCUCUUUCAUUCCCCUGUUUGGCUUUGAAAGACAUUGUGUGCAAGACAGCCAGAAGAGUUCUUCGGGUGUGUUAAAUGCAGGAGACUCAUACCGAGGUGCACCUGUUCUUACUCUUCUUAGGCAAGCUGGACACUUGAUCAUCAAGGGAUAUUUGCUUGAGCUUCACAUCAACAAAAUCAAUGAGGUUCAGUUUUCCAGGGACUAAAAUACCUCAUAAAGUCUUUGAUUAUCCAGCUACUUAGUUGAAGAUUCUCCAGUCCACUGUUCGUCGGCAUAUCCUACAGGAAUUCCCGUAGCCAUCUUUCCCCCAUCCCUGUUUCUUCAUUUAUUUCCAUUACCAGUGGUGAAGCCAAGGUCCCAAACUGGCUCCCAUUGAGGAACAAUGGAAAGUUUGAGCUUACAAAUUUCAACAAAUUCCAGUGCAGGCAAAACCUUAAAGAACACAGAAAGCUUUCUGGACUACAGUGAUAUUCUCCAUUCACCUCAAAGCAACAUUCGCCAGAGCCGCCUUCUCAAACCAAAGCCAAACAUGAGCUGUCGACGUAAGCGUGAGUUCAUCUCAGAUGACAAUAAGGAUGCAUCCUACUGGGAAAAGCGACGCAAGAACAAUGAGGCAGCCAAGCGUUCCCGGGAGAAACGGCGCUAUAAUGACCUGAUCCUAGAGAACAGAGUUAUGGCGCUGAAUGAUGAGAAUGUACGUCUGAAAACUGAGCUUUUACAACUUAAGCUCAGGUUUGGUAUGAUAAGUACAGCCUCCUACAUGGAAAAGAGUCAGCAGAUUGGUGGAGCAGUCAAUGGAAGUUCUGGGGGAAACUCCACAUCUUCCUCUACUACAAGUCUUUUCUACCCUAAUGGUUACUCAAGUGUUUCUCAGAUGAUGAUAAACUCUGAUUCUUCUGAAACAGAGCAGUCUGUUCGAGGGGACGGGCAUGUGAAAAUGGCAAAGUACUCCCCACGAGGUUCCCUCUCCGAUAUGUCCGAUGGCUCCUCUCGGGACAGCCCAGAGCCACUUGUGUAUGACAUCAAGCAGGAGGGGAUGGGUCUAGAUAUGGACAUUGUCAACAGCACUACUGCACAGAUCAUGCUAAACAUUCAUUCUAGAUUGCCUGCAGUACUUCACCAGCACACUUUUGAGCCAGGUUAUUCAACCAACCAACAGAAGCAACGACGCCAAGAGACCAUUGCAAGUCCAGUCAUCCCACAAUCCGCUCAAAGAAGUGUUAUCCUAUACCGUUCAAGCAGUGCCUCGUAUCCUGUGGAAACUCAGGAAAUGAUUCCUAAAGAACAGCCUACUGAGGGACCAACUGGAAGUCCCAAAAGCUUGGCAGAGGUGUCUAAACGGCUUUAUGAGUACCAAGAUGGGGAAGCAGCCGAAAGGCAAGCUUACACUGCUCAACGACAGACCCCCAGGGUUGAUGCUGCUGCCCCAAAUCUUCUAAUGAGACCAGAGGAAGGAGAUGAGGCACAGAAGUACCAGUGUUCUAAUGGAACCUUAGAGAAUGAUGAGCCACCAGUGCUGACCUACGAAGGAGGCUUGAGACAAGAAGAGUACUACGAGGGUCACUCAGGAAAGGACACUUCCUCAAGUGACGGGGAUCCCCGCAGCUCUGAUAAAGAGGGCUCCACCGAUGAUGAGUCUCCCUCUUCUUCUUGCUCCGAUACAGGCAGCUACCACCCUCACAUAUUCAUGACCCAGAGCUCCUUCUCACCAAGCCAAUGCAAAGAUGGCCAAGCGGAAAUCAAAGGCACUGCCCUACCCCACAAAUUAAGACUCAAACACAGAGCUCAGAGCAAUGGGAGAGCAUCGUCUCAAGACUCGCCUACGACGCCACCUGCUAACUUCCAGCCAUUACCUCAGCAUCCCUACCUGGCCUUGUCUCAGUCGGGCGGCCAGUUGAGUCCAGGGUUUUGCAAGCAGGACACUUUGGCUGGAAGCGAAUGUGGGAAGAAGGAAUCCUGUAUGCAUAACGGUCGUAAUAAGAGACAUGACUGAACGGGAAACUGUGGGACUUGCUUGGGUCUUGAUAUAAAGCCCCAAGAGACUUUUUAUAAACCCAUCUUGAGGUCCUACCUUGAACUUGUACCCUUCACCCCAUUCCCUGUUCGAAUGCCCAGGGAUAAGAGAAGUGGACAUUGUCAGGACUGCUGCGUUGUACCAUAAUGUAUAUACUUACCUUUUGUUGGUUUGUUUUGUUUGUUUGUUUGACCUCCUCUUAAGGUUACAGCAGCACUUACAACAGAAUGAAAUAGGAUGACAUGCUAUUGAUCGCACUUACCCGUAGUUCCCAUGCUGCAGCAAGAUGUCAAAGUGUGUCAUUCAGUUCAAAAGCAAUACCUACCAUAUGUGAGGCAUUGUAACGGAUUCAUAUUUGUAAAUAGUCAACUUCAAGUGCCCCAUCUUAGUUUUUGGCCACACCUUAACAACAGAACAUUUGCAGGUGGCUGUGCACCAUUUUUAAACAUACCAAACACCAGAAGAUUCAGGGAACUUUUCCCUUGACCAAAGAAACAUGUUCAUACCUCUCUCUGCUCCCUACCUCUGUCUGCUUUUCUAACUAGUGCUCCCCAUCACUUUUCCCACAUUAAACAGCCUAGCUACCACUCCUCCUUGAUCAGGCACUUGGUUUGUAUGUAUAAAAUGUGAUAUAAAUAUUAUAUAUGAAUAUAUUUUAAGAAGAAAACAAAAAGAUUACAUGAAAAAAUAGGAAGUUCAGUGAUUAAUGAAUUUGUCCUUGUCAAAAAUACUGUACAAUAUCAGUGUGUUUGCUGUUUGAGAUGCCACUUAAUAUAAACUCCUUUUUUACUUUAACAAUUUGCAAUUAAAUAUUUUUUUUAGAAACUCCUUUUAUAGGAAAAUUACAAAAUGCCCCAAAGCCUUUAUAAAUACAUUAGCAGGUUGAUGUAAGCUUCAUGUCAUAGAUGCUAAAAUGUGUUUUCAUUGCUGUUAUAACUCAUUGUCUGGUCUUGAAACAUUACUUGGCAUUUAACGUAAAACAUGUCUUUUCCAGAUAAUGUUUAAAACCUUUAACCUCUCCUAAAAGUACAUAUCUAGCUUCCCUUUUAUGUAGCCUCCUCCAUGUUUAUAGUUUUCCAACCGAUGUAAAAAAACAUUGAUUUGCUUCAUAACCUGUUACAGAGAAAACUGUCUAUAGGCAGUUGUGGUUAUGAAUGUGAAAGGAAUGUUUUGCUCUUAUUAGCAUGGGGUUUACAGGAAAGCUCCACCCUGCUUACAUCAGUAUAAAUGGAUGAUUACUAGCAUGGUGUCUUUGACCGUUUGCCCUUGAGACCUCUAGUAAAGCGAUUCAGCUAGCUGAUACUGCAGUUUUUCAGUCUUUAACUGGUUGGCUGACUCCUGACUAGUCAACCGCUACCCUGCAUAUGUUUCCCUGCCAAAAAUUUGGUUUAAUUUAAGUUGAGUUGUUGUUUUUUGUUUGUUUGUUUUUUUGUACUUUGAAAAGAAUGCUUGUAUUUUUUCCGAAAGAAGUCUACAUGUCACGUUAACUUAUGGCAAUUGUGUAUAAAUGUAAAAUAUUUUUACUCACAACACUGUAUUGUGCUUUUUAAAUGAACUGUUUUGGGGGCCAAGUGUUGUCCUGUUUAUCACUAGCUGCGUCUUUACUUCCUGUUUACUGUGAUUUCGUAAUUGCUCACCACAAUGUCACCUAUCCCCCUUCGUCCUUUCAGUGUGUUUCAGACUGAGUGAUGUUUGAUGUUUUUAUUAUUUUCUUAUGGUUUCAUCAAAACAAACAUGGAAAAAAAGCAAGCAAGGCUUGUUUGAUGUUAUUGAGUAGACCGUGGCACUGCUGUUCUGUUGCUCUGUUUUGAAAUAGAUGCAUAUUUGUAAAAAAAACACUAAUAUUCAGUGCUAGGGUUGGGUGCAUUUCAAAAAUUCAACAAAAAAAUAAAAAAAGUUGUUGCAUUAUU